ACUUCCGUCGGCCUGGUUGUCCGGGAAACCACCGGCUUCCGGCGCGCAGUAGUGGGCGGAGCCAACAUGGCUGAGGAGACCCCGGAGGCGAAAAGUUACCUUCCUGCAUCUGCUGAAUCUCAAAAACUACGGCAGAAGAAAGCUCCCGAGUUUCCCAUUUUGGAGAGGCAGAACUGGUUGAUACAUCUGCACUAUAUCCGGAAGGAUUAUGAAGCCUGCAAGGCUGUUAUCAAAGCGCAGCUUCAGGAGACUCAGGGGUUGUGCGAAUACGCCAUCUAUGUCCAAGCACUGAUACUUCGUCUGGAAGGAAAUAUCCAAGAGUCUCUGGAGCUCUUCCAGAAGUGCGCUGCCCUCAGUCCUCAGUGUGCCGACAACCUCAAGCAGGUGGCCAGGUCUUUAUUUCUCUUGGGAAAACAUAAGGCUGCCACUGAGGUAUAUAAUGAAGCAGCUAAGCUCAACCAGAAAGAUUGGGAGAUCUGCCAUAACCUAGGAGUCUGCUAUAUUUACCUGAAGCAGUUCAACAAGGCACAGGAGCAGCUGCAGAGUGCCCUCCAGCUCAACAGGCAUGACCUGACCUACGUAAUGCUGGGGAAGAUCCACUUACUAGAGGGAGACUUGGACAAGGCCAUCGAAGUCUACAAGAAGGCAGUGGAGUUCUCACCAGAGAAUACGGAACUCCUCACGACUCUAGGAUUGCUGUACUUACAGCUUGGCGUUUACCAGAAGGCGUUUGAACAUCUUGGCAAUGCCCUGACCUACGACCCCACCAACUACAAGGCUAUCCUGGCUGCGGGCAGCAUGAUGCAGACCCACGGGGACUUCGAUGUCGCCCUCACCAAGUACCGGAUCGCGGCCUGCGCCGUUCCGGAAAGCCCCCCGCUGUGGAACAACAUCAGCAUGUGCUUCUUCGGCAAGAAGAAGUACGUGGCGGCCAUCAGCUGCCUGAAGCGAGCCAACUACUUGGCCCCCUUCGACUGGAAGGUUCUGUACAACCUGGGCCUUGUUCACCUGACCAUGCAGCAGUACGCCUCGGCGUUCCACUUCCUCAGCGCGGCCAUCAACUUCCAGCCCAGGAUGGGGGAGCUCUACAUGCUCCUGGCGGUGGCCCUGACCAACCUGGAAGAUGUUGAGAAUGCCAAGAGAGCCUACGCCGAGGCCGCGCAGCUGGACAAGUGUAACCCGUUAGUAAACCUCAACUACGCCGUGCUGCUGUACAACCAAGGCGAGAAGAAAGGCGCGCUGGCCCAGUAUCAGGAGAUGGAGAGGAAGGUCAGCUUCCUCAAGGACAACAGCUCCCUGGAAUUCGACCCCGAGAUGGUGGAGAUGGCUCAGAAGCUGGGAGCUGCUCUCCAGGUCGGGGAAGCACUGGUCUGGACCAAACCACCCAGAGAGCCGAAGCCCCGGGCUGCGUCCGCCGGCAAGGCCGCCGCCCUGCAGAAGCCCCUGGGCUCCAACCAAGCUCUAGGGCAGGCCAUGUCUUCCGCAGCAGCCUACCGGAAGCUUCCUUCAGGUGCUGGAAGAACGGCUCCCUUCACAAAGCCACCGUCGCUCCCUCUGGAGCCAGAGCCCACCAUGGAAGCCGCGGGACAAAGAAGAGAAAAAUAGAAAGAGGAAGAGAGAAGCACGUCAGAACAGGAUGGCCCUGGAGCAGUCUCUUGGGAGCAAGGAAGGUCCCAUGACGGGACAGGGCGCGGGCACCGCGCUCAGGGUGAGCGCUGCAGGCUUAAGCGGAGGCCGGCGUGUCGUGACGACCGGGAGCUCAGGCCCACGAGGCCCGGCGGCCCGCCCGACCCGGCGGUAGGGAGAAGCCGCGCAGGUCCUUCGAGAGUCGGGAGCGGGGCACAGGAUGCACAGGCCCCUUGGUAACGCGCUUUCACCUCCCCCCCUUUGUGCCAGGGAAGGCGGGCCUCCGCCCCGCUCCGCAGCCCCGGCCCACAGGGCGUCCAGAGCCGCAGGAGGCGGGAGCAUGUCAGUGGAGGAAGCAAGCGGGGAGGGGGGUGGCCUGCUGUCGACACCAGGGAUUUCUUUUUUUUUUUUUUUUAAUGGGAAAGCUUCUUAGCUAAGGAAUAUUAAUGUAUGAUAAUCAGUGAUAACUACUGCUGACCAUAUGCUAAAUAUUCUUUUUAAAGAUUAUGUAUCAUCAUUUCACAGGCAUAAAGAGGUCACAUUAAAAAUGUUUUUAAAAAAGCUACGAUCACUGUCUUACCUGCUUCCAAGCUUAGUUGGAAACUGAAGGAAGAAGUUGGAGGCCACGCUUGGCACCGGCUCAGCCCCUGCUGGGCGAGG